ACCCUACACUCAUCCGCGGCUCCGCCUUCUUCCAUCUCACAAAUCUUGCAUCUCACCUGCCAUGGCGCUCUCCAUCGCCAGACCCAAACACAGAUCUCUCACCAAUCCUUCUCUUGUCCACCUAUUGCCCACUUCUUUUUCUUCUUCUUCAAAUGAACAAAAUGAUCCCAACAACAACGACGCCCCACAAUCAGAGUCACCUACGCAAUCACAGUCUUCCUUCUCUUCGUAUUUCAGUGAUGUUAAAGCGAGCCUUCGGCAGCGGCAUCAACAGAUGGAAAACCAAGCUCAAAAUCAAUACUCCAGACGACCACUACCACAACAACAACAGACUUCGCCUCUCAGUAGGCCCUCUAAAAUCGCGUCUCUUGAGGAGAUAAAGAAGGAUCUUUCAGAGUUCCGGCGCCGAACCUCUGUUCCUCCUCCUACGGACCCCAACGCUUCCUCGCACUCUCAGCCUAUCUCGUUCCAAGAACUGUACAAACGCAAUUUAAUUGUGAAAUCGGAGGCUGCCGCACAAGGAGGUACGGUAUCCAGGCCUCCGAAACCCUCUGGGGUUUUUUCAUUCGAGGCAAUCAGGCAGAGUCUGCGACAAAUGCGACCAAAUAGGGAGGCGAACAUUGAGCGCAGAGGUGGAGAUCCGAUUUCACUCGAUACUCUCAAGAACAACUUGAGGUUGAAGCCCGCUGAUGGUCCUGCCGGCAUUCCAGGGUCUACUGUUAUAGGCGGGACAGGGGGGCUUCCGUUUACCGUCUUUGGCAAGGAAAUGAAGGAAAACAAGGAGGAAAAAGGCACUGAGGCAACGGGGACGGAGUUUGUGAAGAUGUAUAAAUACGAUGAGUUGGGGGAGAAGCUGAGGAGCCUUCGGCCGGAGGACGGGGUGAAGGAAUUUAAUCUGCAUGAGUUCAGUGAGAGGCUAGUAAAGCUGCGGGAGAUUGAGGAGAAGGAGGCUGCCUCACGGGCUUCUGGGUUUUCAUUUAAGGACUUGAGGGACAGCUUGAAUAAGCUUAAAACGGCGGAGAUUGAGAAGACCAGAAAGACUACAAUCCAGAGAUUCGAUAUCUUGGGUCAACUUGAUGGAACUCCAGACUUUAUGCGACACCCACCACAGGAGCAGUUAGUUGAAAAGUAUUUCCAUCCGGAUAACAUGUCUUCUGCUGAAAAAAUGAAAAUUGAGCUUGCGAAAGUCAGAGAUGAAUUUAAAAUGUCAGAGUCUGAUUGUGGAUCUUCACGUGUUCAAGUGGCACAACUCACCAUUAAGAUCAAGCAUCUAUCAUCGGUUCUGCACAAAAAGGAUAAGCAUUCUCGAAAGGGGCUCAUAGCAAUGGUGCAGAAGAGGAAGAGCAUAUUAAAGUACCUGCGAAGAACUGACUGGGAUUCAUACUGCUUGGUGCUGGAUAAGCUUGGUCUUCGAGACAACACAGGCUACAAGAACUUGGCCAGACCACAAUGAGAACUAUUCCAGAUAGUAAUUGAAUUAUUGUUCUUUGUUUCUGUGGAGGAAAAGGUUACUGAAGUAUUUUGAGAAAAAGUGACUUGGAUUCCUAUUACUUUUGUGCUGAUUGAGCUUGCUUAGUCUUCUGAACAACUCAGACUUCAAAGAACCAGGCCUGACAGCCAAGAGAACUAUUCUAGACAGUGGUGAAAUCACCAUGCUUUCCUUUCCGUUUUAUCAAAAUUUCGUACGCGCUCUGUAAUCUGUUGGAGAUCAUCAUGAAAAUCAAUCUUAUUCCUCUUUGAAA